UUGAGUGUGUGAGUUGAAUCAAGAUCGAUCGGUGGAAAACUGCAGAUCAAUACCAGAUCACAUCUGAGGUUUUAGAAAUGGAGAAACGGGAAAGUGGGUCCACAAAGUGGAAGAAGAUUCUCCUUCUUCUCAACUGUGUAAUAUUAAGCAUAGGAAACUGCGGCGGCCCUCUUAUGGCCCGCCUCUACUUCCUCCGCGGCGGGAGUCGGAUAUGGUUCUCAAGCUGGCUCAUAAACGCCGCCUGGCCGAUCAUCGUCCUCCCUCUCGCCGUCGCAUAUUUUCUCCGCCUCAGAGCCGAGGGCCCGGCGACAAAGCUCUUCUUCAUGACGCCUAAGGUAUUCGCCGCCACGGCUGCUAUCGGACUCCUCACCGGCCUCGACAAUAUCCUCUACGCCUACGGCAUGUCCAAACUUCCGGUCUCCACCUCCUCCAUCCUCAUCGCCACCCAGCUUGCAUUCACGGCGGGGUUCGCGUUUCUCCUCGUCAAACAGACGUUCACGGCCUACUCCGUCAACGCGAUCGUGCUGUUGACCACGGGUGCCGGGGUUUUGGCCUUCGGGGCCGGUAACGACCGCCCCGCCGGAGAAUCAAGCAAGGAGUAUAUAAUAGGGUUCGUGACGACGCUUUUGGCGGCGGGUUUGUACGGGCUGAUAUUGCCGGCGAUUGAGUUGGUGUACAAGCUAGCAAAGCAGGCGAUCACUUAUACUUUGGUUUUGGAGAUCCAAACAGUCAUGUCUUUCUUCGCCACCAUUUUUGCUACCAUUGGGAUGAUCAUAAACAAAGAUUUCCAGGCACUUUCUAGGGAGGCAAGUGAAUUUGGAAUGGGAGAAGGUAAAUACUACGUGGUGGUAAUAUGGACUUCCAUCUUGUGGCAACUCUUUUUCCUCGGAGUCGUCGGAGUGGUAUGCUACGGUUCGUCUUUGUUGUCCGGCGUCGUAAUCGCCGUCUUAAUUUCGGUGACAGAGGUAUUGGGCGUCGUCUUUUACGGCGAAAAUUUCCAGCCCAACAAGGGUAUCGCUCUUGCCCUCUCUCUUUGGGGGUUCGUGUCUUAUUUCUACGGUGAAAUCCAAAGUGGAAAGAACAAUAAGAACGUCAAGGAUAAUCAAACUGCAGAAGCUGAAACCACCCAAACUCAUAGCCUUCUUGUAUAAUUAAUGUAUGUACUAUUUUGUCUCCCAAAUACUCUGUCGGGUCGGGGUGUGAGAGGCCUUAGGAUUGGGGUUCAGCCUUUUAAAAGAAUGUAUGUACUAUUUUAGGAAUAAGAGUCAAAUAGAUUAUCAAACUA